GUACUUAAACUUAUACUAUAAACUAUUUGUUUUCUGUUUGCGGUAAAACGACGUGUUGCAUCUUCAUAGCACAUCUAAAACAUUAGUAUAUGUGUUAACAUUUCAUUAUAGAAAGUCAAAUAUGAGUGCGUGGCCAGAAAUAACGACUGCAAAGUCAGAAAACAGACAUGAAAUUAAAUUGGCGGGAGCCGCAAUUUCGAAACGCAUUUCAGAUGAGGGUUUAGACAAAAAUUUAUUUAAAUUAACCAACAUAAAUUUACUGAACAUCAGCGAUACAUGUCUUGCUACUAUUCCUGAUGAUAUUAAGCUUCUUGUUAACCUACAAUCAUUGUUAUUGUACGGCAACAAGCUGACCGAGUUUAACGAAAAUUUAACCUCUCUACCAAAGUUAAAAGUGCUCGAUUUAUCCCGAAAUCAACUUACCAAAAUACCAGAGAGUCUGAAUAAAAUGAAAGAACUAACGAGCAUUAAUUUCAGUUCAAAUCAGAUUGAACAAAUGCCGAAAUUUGGUGAUUUUCCAAACUUAAUCAUUGUUGAUAUAUCGAACAAUAAAUUGUCCUCAUUUCCGGACACAGAGAAUGCUAACAUGCCCCAUUUGACUGAUUUAAAGUUAAAAGCUAACGAAAUCGACUCGAUUCCUAGCUAUAUUGCACGCACCUUACCCUCUUUAAAGAACUUUGAUAUUGAGGGCAAUCAAUUAAAGACAAUUCCCGGUGAAAUCGCCACAAUGUCUAAAUUAAAAGAGCUCAAUUUAAAAGGCAACAAGUUGACAGACAAACGUCUUAUGAAACUCGUUGACCAGUGCAGAACUAAACAGGUUAUUGAUUACAUACGUGAAAACUGCCCUAAAGCAGACAGUGCACAAGCUACUAGCAAAGGCAAGGGUAAGAAAGGCAAGAAACAGGACGAACCACCACCUGAUGAUGUGGGCGACUUGUGCCAUUCCAUGAAAAUAUUACACGUUGAAGAUGACAUAUUAAAAGUAACUGUAAUAGAACAAGAGAUAUGGAAUAUUAGACCACACAUCUUGUGUUGUAUCAUAACUGAGUUGAAAUUCACCGAGGAUCUGUUCAAAAAGUUCAUUCAGAUGCAAAACAAAUUGCAUGAUACUGUGUGCGACAAAAGAAAUGUUGCUACGAUUGCCACUCAUGAUUUAAGCAAAAUACCCCCAGGCAAUGUUGUUUACACGGCUAAAACUCCAUCCAAGCUGAGUCUCAAACCUCUGUCUCGAGCCAAGGCUUACACUGGUGAGCAAUUAUUCCAGCAGCUGACAGUAGAAGCGGACUCACUGAGGAAGGAGAAGAAAAGGAAUGUAUACUCCGGAAUCCACAAGUAUCUGUACCUAUUGGAGGGCAAACCGAAGUAUCCGUGCUUGGAAGAUUCAGCUGGCAGAGUCAUCAGCUUCCCACCGAUUACUAACUCUGAUGACACUAAAAUGUCCUUAGACAGCAAGUCUAUGCUUGUAGAAGUGACGUCACACUCUUCGCUCGGUGCAUGCAAAACUGUCAUGGACAAAAUGCUACAAGAGUGCUUGAUGCUCGGAAUAGGAGAUGGAGAGGAUAGCGGCUUCCACACUCUUACUGUCCAGCAGGUAAAAGUAGUAGACACCGAAGGCAAUCUCAAAAGCGUUUACCCAUCGAGAACGGACUGUGCUUUCGAUGGAAACAUCAAAGUGUACCGUUUGCCAAAAAAAUAAUUCAUUUUAUUUCUAAGCUUUUAUUUAUUACGUCACUUGGUGCUUUGCUUGUCGUCUGACGACCUGUUACUUUUUUAAUAACGCUUGACCAACAGAACAAUGAUGUCCCUUUUGGUUCACAAAAACGUGACGACACCAUUGUAUAAAUAGUUGUAUCUUGAGUAAAUAAUUAAUUGCACAAAUUAUAUCAUCAUUAUUUAAUUGAGAACCUCUAUUUGCAGUGGUGUUUUAAAUUAAUAGUCACUGAAGCACAUAUUUAAUUGUUGAAUAAUGUGACCAUUUCUUUGUAUAUUUCCCUGAGUAUUUUUGUUUUACUAAUUAUUACUUUAGUUAAAAAUUCGUUUCAAGCUAUUAUCAUUGUUGAUUGAUUACAAACACAUGAUUAAAUAACAUUUUGCUUAACAGUAAUUUGUCAUUGUUAUAUUUUUUAUUCCUUAGUGUAUAUGUUUCAUACAUUUACUAUAAUGAAUACAGUGUACUUAUAAUUGUAUGUAUUUUUUUAAUUUAAAAUAAUACUUUUUUUAUGUUACUGUUCUGUUGGAUAAACGAUUUGUUAUUUUUUUUAUAAUUAAAUAAAUAUGUCGAUGAUCAUAACCUGCUUGGAUAAUACUAUAAAAAUUACCAUUUAAAAUCUUCAGUUCAUAUGAGUAUAGUUACAUAAGGAUGUACUAAUAUGUGUCAAGUAUCCUAGUAGUUGUCUAUGCGUGUGCUUCAUAUCAGCGCACGCGCACCCUUUAGCUUAGGACAAUGUAUAUGUGGUUUAUUAUAAUUACUCGAUUGUUUUCAAAGUAUUCCAGUAUCUAAUUUAUCAUACAUACAUACUAAAAUAUGUUUAAGAGCAACACUAUUACAGUGAAAAAGGAUAUUGUCGAUAUUCAUAUACUAAAGUUAAACAAACCAGAGUUUAAUUUAAUUAAACCAAAGUUCAUAAAAAAAAAACAAAUUAGCUGUCAAACGUCUUAAACUUUUGCACGCUUUGGCUAGUGUGGAGUUGUUUUGUCUGUGAUAAGGGCGUCAUAACAUUAGAUAAUAUCUAAACUGAUGUAUGGACGAUGAUGACAAAGCCAUUAUUUUCUUUAAAUUAUAUUGUAUACGACAAUGAUCUUUUAUUUUUUUAAUAAUGUAAUAUUCUCUUUAGUAGUUAAUAAUUUCAUAUAUUGUAUGAUUAAAAAAAAAACUAGUUCAUAAAUAUCUAUCCUCUCUACGUGUAUAUUAGAAGUUGCAAAAUAUUUUUCUAUUAAAUGAGCGAAUCUGGCUUUGCUAAUUAAAUAUUGAUGUAAAUUUAAUUAUAAUAUAGACUAUACAUUACUGUUUGAG